AUGGUGUCGCUUUACUCACCUCUCCUCAACUCCGCUCUCCCAACCCCCCAUACUCCUCUUCACAUUACACCUCUCAUUGGAUCUACAGUCUACACCUCUCCUCAACUCCCCUCUCCCAACCUUCCAUACAUUUCCCUUACUACUCCUCUUCACAUUACACCGCUCAUUGGAUCUACAGUCUACACCUCUCCUCAACUCCGCUCUCCCAACUUUCUAUACAUUUCCCUUACCACUCCUCUUCACAUUACACCUCUCAUUGAAUCUACAGUCUACACAUCUCCUCAACUCCACUCUCCCAACCUUUCAUACAUUUCCCUCACUACUCCUCUUCACAUUACACCUCUCAUUGGAUCUACAGUCUACACAUCUCCUCAACUCCACUCUCCCAACCUUCCAUACAUUUCCCUCGCCACUCCUCUUCACAUUACACCUCUCAUUGAAUCUACAGUCUACACCUAUCCUUUACUUGUUUUCAAAGAAAGUCUAACAAUGCAACUAUAA